GGCCCUUGUCUUCUGUUGUUACAUUUGGUGUCGCUGCCUACCGACAAAUGGAAAGCCUAUGCCCUGCUGUUUUUGAUGGAGACAUAUGGAUCUUCGGGCAGGACUUCAAGGCUUCUGCGCAGUUGAGUGGCGUUCAAGAUCUGUCAGCGAUGGAGCUGCUACUUGGGACGCUGCUGGGAGGUCGGGUGAAAGCAGCAUAUGAAAGUGUAAGCCGAAGUAUGGACGAAUGUUCGACAGGGUCAGGCAAACAGUUUCCAAAGUGGGAAGGACCAUAUAUGGUCACUUCGAGAUGGGGUUACGCAGACACAGUCGCAAUGGCGAACAAUAAGAGGCGCGUGAACGUCAGCGAGCUCCAGAAAUGGAUACAGCGAGACAAGCCAACGAUGACGCCUGCACCAAGUAGAUCAAGCCGACUUCAGUCGCACGUAUUUGACGGGGGGACGAGUGUGGUGAGAGCAGGCUGCUGGCCGAUUGGUUGACACUAAGCUACAUUAAUAUGGGCCGUGAGAAAAUAUGAACAAGGCUGAGUCAACAACCAAUCACAGCAAAGUUAACGUGGCAAAAUAUGAUUCGCAGAUAGAGAACUCUAUUUGUCGAGGAAUCCCGAAACAACCAAUCAGAAGCCUGCGUUUGUCUGCCUAACUUCUGAUAAACAACCAAUCAGAUGACUGCGCUUGUCUAUAAUAAUGUA